AGCAGGCCCGCCAGUUGGAGUAAAAGUGACCCUGAUAGAGGAUGACACUGCUCUGGUUUCUUGGAAACCCCCCGACGGCCCAGAGACGGUUGUGACACGCUACACUAUCUUAUAUGCAUCGAGGAAGGCCUGGAUUGCGGGAGAGUGGCAGGUCCUGCACCGAGAAGGGGCAAUAACCAUGGCUUUGUUGGAAAACCUAGUGGCAGGAAAUGUGUACAUUGUCAAGAUAUCGGCAUCCAAUGAGGUGGGGGAAGGACCCUUUUCGAAUUCUGUGGAGCUGGCAGUGCUUCCAAAGGAAACUUCUGAGUCAAAUCAGAGGCCCAAGCGUUUAGAUUCUGCUGAUGCCAAAGUUUAUUCAGGCUAUUACCAUCUGGACCAGAAAUCCAUGACUGGCAUUGCUGUAGGUGUUGGCAUAGCCUUGACCUGCAUCCUCAUCUGUGUUCUCAUCUUGAUAUACCGAAGUAAAGCCAGGAGGUCAUCUGCUUCCAAGAUGGCACAGAAUGGAACUCAACUGUUAUCUCGAACCAGUGCCUCACUAGCCGGUGGAAAUGAAGUAGGAAAGAACCUGGAAGGGGCUGUAGAAAAUGAAGAUUCCUUAAUACCAAUGAAGAUGCCCACCAGCUUCAUUGAUGCAAAGGGAGGAACUGACCUGAUCAUUAAUAGCUAUGGCCCUAUAAUUAAAAACAACUCUAAGAAAAAGUGGCGUUUUUUCCAAGGUUCUAAGAAGAUAAAAGUUGAGCAGCCUCAAAGAAGAUUUACUCAAUCGGUCUGCUUCUACCAGCCAGGCACGACUGUGUUAAUUAGUGAUGAAGACUCCCCCGGCUCCCCAGGUCAGACAGCCAGCUUCCCAAGACCAUUUGGUGUUGCAGCCGAUACUGAACAUUCAGCCAAUAGUGAAGGCAGCCACGAGACCGGGGAUUCUGGAAGGUUCUCUCACGAGUCCAAUGAUGAGAUACACCUGUCUUCGGUUAUAAGCACCACACCCCUGACCUCCGAUUCCCUCGCUGGCAGUGAUUCAGGUGGGAAUCUCUCCAGGAGGAAGUGCCGAGACCCUGCAGUGGCGGCAGAUGCCCAGCAAACUGCCUCUUCAGUUCUGCAGCCGCCACCUGCCGUGCUAAGGUUUGAUAAAAAUGAUUCCCCAGUCUAGGCAGCCAAGCUCAGGCAUUCUCACCUUUAAUUCUGUUCGAAGGACAAUGAACAGGGAGCCAAAGCCUUUUGUGAAAAUCUUGAUGUCUUAUUGGGUAUUUCAGCUUUUUUUUUUUUGGAAUGUGUUUUCUUUUGUUUUUAAACUCGCGUAUUUUGAAUGUUUCAUUGUCAGCAAUGUGAAAAGACAGUCAAGAUAUUUGACUGGAUUAUAAAAAUAUAUCACUGGAGCAAAGGGAAGACUUUUGAAAGCCCCUUUGCUAGCUAUCUACCUCAGUUUGCCAGAUGGCAGACUUAGAAGACAACCUUGUUACCUCAUUUGUUGUGCUAGUUUCUCUCAGCUACAUAACCAAUGAUACUUCCUAGUAGCAUUUUGUUUUCAUUGCUGUAUGUGUAUGUAAUGUGUGUGAUCGAAGGAGUCACAUAGGUAGAUGAGUAAGAAUGUUUAUCUGAAGCUCUGAUUUAAAAAAACAAAAAACUGGCAUCUGCACGAUCUUUAUAAUUUAACACCUCUCACUGUCAAGACUGUGAAACCACUGAGAAGAGAAAAAGUGGGACUGUUGAUUUUAGUGAGUGACCAAGACAAAAAGUGCUUCUCUUGAGAAUAGAACUAUUUGGUAGCUUCUAGAGAAGACUAUUGCUUCAAGGGCCUUUCUGCUUCAGACAUUAGUCUGAGUGCUUUACCUGCUGUAUCCCAACCCUCAGCCUGCCUAGAGCUGUGCCUUUUCUACCUCCCCUUUGCCUGACAGUUAGCCAAAGGCUGAACUGUCUAGUUUGCAAAGCAUCCUCAACCUUUCCAGACUUAAUAGCAAAACUCCAUGCAGAAAACAGAUUCUUAAAGAGAAUGGGUAGGGUUUUAUUUUGCUUUUUAAAAUCCCAGCUUGGCUUA